UGUUGAUUUUCGAAUUUCACAUGGUUUUGCUCGGUUUAUCUUUUCCAAGGUGUAUUUCAUUGCCAUCACGACACCCCAGCAUUCAACCUCGUCCACUGGAAUCAACAUCAAGUAAACAUCAAGCCCUGAGAUACUCGCCAAAACAAUCCAAUUACGUCAUCUACCACUCGGGGCCAUAUCUUAACCCACCACCAAACCAAUACACUUGCCGAACAACAAUACCAACCAUGUCCACGCCAACCCAAAGCUUCAAAACCCCUCCUCCCUCCGUUCCCAACACCCUCCUCUCCUUCCCAGCCCCGCACGUUCUGCUCGUCACGCUCAACCGCCCGGCCCAGCUCAACGCCAUCCCCACGUCCCAGCACAAGCGGCUCGCCGCGCUGUGGGAUUGGUUCGAUGCCGAGCCGGCGCUGCGGUGCGCGGUGAUCACGGGUGCGGGGCGCGCCUUUUGCGCGGGCGCAGAUCUGAAGGAGUGGAAUGAGUUGCAUAGCAAGUUCCAAGAUCAGCAGAAGCGGAAGGACUAUGGAGGAGGAGGAAAGGGGUUGGUGGAUGGGGUGGAGCAUGGAGGACAGUAUGGGACUUUGGGAAAGAGGAGGGAAGCACUCCGGAAGGCGGAGGGUAAGAAAUCUGGGGAAGAGCCGGAUGCGCUCGCGGAGGGGAUUGUCAAGGAGGGUCGCGCUAGGGAUGGCAAGAUGAAGGACGAGGACAAGCUGACGACAGGCAUUGGAGGCGGAUAUGGAACGGUCGAUAACAGGCGUAAGGCCAUCGAGAGCGCCGCCCAUCUAACCGAGGAGACUACGAAGAGGGAUCUUAGCGAUGUGGAUGACGCCAGAAUCAACACCGGCAUCGGCGGUGGUUACGGCACCGUUGCCUCUCGCAAGGCGGCCGCCGCCGCCGCACGGGUUGCGAACAACGAGUCUUCUUCGCGCGUCGGCAACCUCGGCCUCAAUGCCGGCUUUGGUGGGCUUUCUAACCGCUCAGGCAAGAAACCCAUCAUUGCUGCUGUCAACGGCCUUUGUCUCGGCGGCGGCAUGGAGAUGGUCAUCAACUGCGACAUGGUCAUUGCCUCCUCCAACGCGCGGUUCGGCCUGCCCGAGGUCAAAGUGGGAGUUAUUGCCGUUGCUGGCGCAUUGCCUCGUCUCGUGCGCACGGUGGGCAAGCAAAGGGCGGCUGAGAUGUCGCUGUUGGGGAGGAAUAGGUACUCGGCUGAGCAGAUGGAGAGGUGGGGGGUAGUUAAUUUUAUUGUCAGCGGCGAGCAGGCGCUGGUUGAGGAAGCUGUAAAGCUGGCGGAGGAGGUGUCGAGUAAUUCGCCUGAUGCGGUGCUUACGAGUAAGGAGGGCUUGAGACUGGGUUGGGAGGGGAUGGGACCGGAGAAGGCGACGGCGGUGUUGGAGGGAGGCAUGUAUAGGAGGCUGGAGAAGGGGGAGAAUAUGAGAGAGGGUGUGGCGAGCUUUGUAGAGAAGAGGAAGCCUGUUUGGAAGGAUAGUAAGCUAUGAUUGCAAUAUUCAAGACUAGUCAAACAAUUCGGAUACCUAUCGUAUGUUCCGUUCAAUAAUUGUUCCCUGUCCCUUGAUCUAUCCGCGUCCAUACUAGGUAUUCAGGGCACCGUCCUCCACUUCCCAUCCCCGGAUCAUCGCCAAUCU